CAUAGAUAAUGGUUUAUCACGCUCAACAGUGAACAUCAACAAAAUCUGCGGCUUUUUCGUUGAAAAGAAACAGCGAUUUAUGAUUUCGAUUCAUAUUUAUUUUUUAUUUUAGUCUGGGUUCAAAUGCCGCGAUGAAAGUUGGUUAGACAGACGGCCAUUGUAUCUUUUAAUGUUAUUGAAGAACAGUAAAAAUGAGCAACCUUUUAGUUUACAGAACGCUGUUAAUAAAAUUCGCGUUUUCGUCGUUACUAAUUUUCUUGCACUUUCUGUACGCGUUUUAUUCGUGGCUCGUCGACCAGACGAUAUUCAAACAGCCGGAUCCUUGGCAGAAUCGUUCCAUCAACGGAUACAAGAAGUACCGUUUGAAAAAGUUGCCCAACCAUCUUGUGGUGUCCGUGUGCCAGGAGGAAGUAUUCUACGAAUAUCUGGCCAAGUUGCUGGCCUGGGCGUUGUUUCUAGAGGUGCCCGUCGUCAGCUUUUACCACAAUGAAAACGGUAUAUCUCCAGAAGAAUUGUUUUUUGCUUUUAGAGAUCAGUACAGUAGUUUAUUGACAAAAGUCAAUUGGGGAUUAGAAUUCAACGAUAACAUCAAAUUUGAAUCAAAAAAAUGUAUUAAUGGAUAUAAAUGGGAACCAAGAAUUGAAGUCAACAUAUUGACAUCUAAACAUUCUAAAUUACAAUUAGUAAACGCCUUGCGAACUGUGUGCAGAACAGAAGAAGAAUUCUCAGAUACUUUAGUAGAGUUUGCGAUUAAUAAAACAUUCCCCAUGGUUGAACCGGAUUUGGUUGUCAUCUGUGGCAAGUCAUGUACAACAUUUGGUUUAUUACCUUGGCACACCCGUGUCACUGAAUUUUUAACAUUGAAAACACAUUACAAUGUCACGUUUUUAAAAUUUUACAAAUUAUUGGAACAAUACAGUAGAAAUGAACAAAGAUUUGGAAAAUAAAGUCUUUGUUAGGUUUUGAUAACUAGAUUUAAGUGUAAAUAAUAGUUAAUUUUGUUCGUCAAUUGUGUAAACAUUGUUAUUAAAAGGAUAUUUGUUUCCUAAUAAAUUAUUUAUUAAAAUCAAAUCAAAUUUAUGUUUCGAGUUUCCAGGUUUCGGGUUAGAGUUAAGUUCAACAUUAAAACAUUUAUCAUAAACUGUACUGAAAUAGUUAUAUUUACUAACCAAUAGUUAAAAAGAUAAAUAUGACCUAAUUUGUAGGCAUGUAUUUUAUUUUAUUUCAUAAACAUAUGAAAAUAUGAUGGCUAGGUUCCACUAUUACUACUCGUAUCAUAUACAUAUAUAUAUAUGUAUAAUUUUGUAUUUCAGAGCUUAAAAGAUUUGAGAGUAAAAAUAUUGAAGGUUUUUACAUGUUUUUACGUUAAGUAUUUUUUUACACAACUUCCUUAUACUUGGCCUCUUCCGGAUAAUGCCUAUGAUUGGACCGAUUAAACCAGCUAAAAAAACUAUUAUCAACAAAGAAUAUUUUUAGACUUAAUGUUGUGAGUAAAUAAUAUUUCCCAUCACUAUUUGUUUACUGAUUAAGUAAUUCUGAACAAAAUAUCAACAAUGUUCUAAAAACUAAUAAAUUUAUGUAUUUUGGUAA